CAACCUCUCACGGACAGAAAUGCAAUUUCCCGAUCAGCCACAAACCGUGUGAGCCGCGGCGCGGCGCGCAUCCACCCAGAAAACAGCGCCGAGUCGCGCGCGCAGUGCCGCCGUGAAACCACGCGUCACCACGGCAACCGGCGUGCACACCGCGUCCCCGUCAGCGGCGUCAGUGAGAGGUCCGGUCCCGUCCGACCGCAGGCGACCAGCGAGCACGGCAAACCCACAGUGAGUGUCUGUCCACGCAAUUUUUUAGGCCCCCUGCGUAGCCAUGGUGAAGCUGGGCAGCAAUCUGUCCGACAAACUGGAGAAGCAGCCGCCAGCGGACGACGGCUUCGAUAACAUCCCCCUCAUCACCCCCCUGGAGGUCAGCCAGCUCCGGCGGCAGUUUGCAGACAAGGUCAUUGUGAAGACGUUGACACAAUAUCAGCUGCAGCAGAAGAAGAACAAGCUGUACGCGCCCAACAUCAAGAAGCUGAAUAUCAACUUCUACAGUGACGUUUCAGACAAAGCCAAGAUCACAGGUCUGAUCCUCAUCACUUUGGCUUUCCUGACCAGCCUGCUCCUCCUGCUCAUGUACAAAGCCAUGUGGUACGACCAACUCACCUGUCCAGGGGGUUUCAUUCUUAAGGAGAAGCACUGCACCCCAGCAGCUCUGGAGAUGUACUACACAGAGCAGCAGGAGGGUCCGGACCCGGGCGUCCGCGGCGGGGCCAACGCCGGGCUGUACGCCGCCCUCAGCCACCUCAACCAGGUCAAGAGGACUGGGCCCGAGCUGCCGUCGCCAUGGUUACCAGUCAUCAGUGCUCUGAAAGAGGCCGAAGCGGCCAAACAAAGUAGUGAGCAACUGAAAGGAGCGCUCGAGAGAGAGGAGUGACGGGUCCGACAGAAACGCUCCUGUGAAAGGGCAGAGUAGAUGCAUUUAUGAUUGUAUUUGUUCAGGAAUAGAGUUCACUUUCCCUCGUAGUCCAUCCAAUCAAUAAUUUAUACUGGUGCUCCAAAACCAUAAAGGUGUCUGUAUAACUACUGAAAAUUUAAAUCCGCUCUGUAAACCUCAUGUUUACUCUACUUCAAUCCAAUUAAAUUCCGUCAAUUUUUAUAUUAGUCUAAUACCCAACUUUGUGUGUGUGUGUGUGCGUGUGGUGAGAUGUUGUGGUUUGAAGCAGGAAUGUCAUUAAAGUGUUGAGGAAUGUGCCUGACUUUUACAGUGUUACUGAGGCGUGAGUAAUCGCCACCAUCUGCAUUCAGUGUGUGUACACACUGUAAAUGCUCACAUGCACAUGAAAGCAUAUGUAUUGUAUGCAUGUUUGCGGUUGUGUGCUUGUCCGUGCGUGUGUGUGUGUGUGGUUGUGCGUAUUUGUGUGUGCAUACUCUGUAUGAUUUUUGGACCUGUCCACGAGAGUUGGAGGUGUGGGAAGAGAAACAAAGCGACAACUCGAGCUGCAAAGUGAAGAUAACACGUUUUUAAUGAGAUCACAGCGAGUUUCUCCUCAUCCCUCCGGCUCUUUAUCUUGCUGCCUAUUCUGUUAGUUUCUUGGGAGAAUGUAUGAAGUCGUCAGCAAACAUCCUCACACUUUAAGAGAAAGAACUGUAAUUGACCUUUUUCCUUAUUGGCCUGCAAAUGAGAUUGUGCAUGUGACAAUCUGGAGGAGGAAAAUUGCAGUUUUGUUAGUUAAAGAGGCUUUGGAAAGGAUCAAAGUAUUAAAAAUAUACUGAAAAAGAACAAGCUCUUUGUCAUUGUGGAUUAAUGUGUGCGAAAUAAAUGAAAUUAUCUCCAUUUUAAUAUAAACUAAUAAUGCAAUUAGGUUAGCAACAUGUAAAAUUGGGCUGAAAAUAUUUUGAUGCCACUGUACAUCUGUUCAUGUGAGGAUGUGAGCAACUUACUGUAAUUGUGAAUACAACUGGCGAGCUUUUAACUUAUUACUACAAAAUAAAUAUCUAAAAUUUCAAUAAUGCUGUUUCUAGGUUUUGUUUUUGAUGUCUUUUACUGUGAGUAUUUUGUAAUGCCAGUGUAAAUGAACAUGUAAGUUUAGCCACAGGUUUGACUCGUUGUAUAUGAAUGUAUGAAGUAGAACAUGCAGUAGAUCAGUGCUCAUGAUGUAUCACCUACAAGCUUCUGUUGUCUUCACACUUUUCUAUUUAUUUCAGUAACAAAUGUACGAAAUAUUGUGUUUGUAGAUCUUGCUUUGUUAAGAUCAAGAAUUCUUCUCCAAUCUUAUGUAUAUCCACUUUUUGGGGGGAAUAAUUAUGGGGCGCAUCAUCAUCCAUUCAUGCAUCAAAAGAAAUAACUCACAAUUCUACCUAACUUUCUUCUUUGUCACUUUCUCAAAUGGUGACGUUUUCGUAUCACAACUCGUGUGAGUGUGUGCGAUCACAGCCCAGCUUCAGGUGCCCAACAUUUGCUUCAGACCCAUCUGCUCUGAUGUAACCGACAGAACUGAAAUGACUGAAUUGUUGAGUUCUCUUGUUGUGUUUUGUGUUUUUCAGCCAACAGCAACUAACUAAACUUUUUAUUUAGAGUGGAGUCAGCGGAAGGGCGAUAAGUAAAAAACGUCUGCGUUGUUACUGGCAAUUCAAAUAAAUCUCAACUAAAGUU